AUGAUUAAUGCUUUUCUGGUCUUCAACGGCCAGGGACAGCCUCGUCUGACUAAAUUCUAUACACAGUUGGAGACGAGCAUCCAGCAGCGACUGAUAUCCGAAAUCUUUACCUUGGUUUCAAACCGGCCAAACGGCUCUUGCAACUUCCUGCCCCUGCCGCCUCUUCUGGCUGCGUCUGGCACCUCGCACUCCUCGUCCAAGGAGCAGAAUGACGUGCCGUCCCUCGUCACAUACCGCAACUACGCGACGCUCUACUUUAUUAUAAUAUCCACCUCUACCGAGUCGCCCCUCGCCUUGAUUGAUUUGAUCCAGGUUUACGUCGAAGCUCUGGACAAGCUGUUUGAGAACGUGUGCGAACUCGACCUCAUCUUCAACUUCGAAACAUUACAUGCGACGCUGUCAGAAAUGAUCAUAGGCGGCGUCGUGAUAGAAACAAACUUGGACCGCAUAGUCUCGGGGGUCAGAGCACAGGGUACCGUGGCCAAGCGGCCGGUGAACGAGGGGAGAAGCACGGGGAUCGGUUCGGGUUUAGGCAUGGGUGCUAAUUUCGCCUGGGCUGGCCGAUGA